AUGAUAUCAAAAAUUUAUCAUAAGGAAGAACAUUAACCUAGCAAUCAGGAAGAAAUCGUAAUUAACAAUAUGGUACAUACUUCCUUCUCAUAUUUCAAUCCUGUUACGUAAAAAUAGAAACAAUAUUAGAUUUCUAUUUCCAGAAUUAUUAUCGAAUGGUAAAAUUGAUUUAACUAAAACAGUAGAUAAUGUUGCUAUUAUAAUGCACAUACUUUUCAAAAUUAUAAUAGUUGCUGUGUUUAUUUUAGAAUUAUAAAGUUUUGAUUUUGAACAAUUUAUGCUAUUGAUAAUUAUCUUAACCUCACUUAAUUUCUGGAUUGUUAAAAAUUACACUGGGAAGAAGUUAAUUGGAAUAGUAUGGUGGAAUUGCAGAGAAGAAUAAGAUGUCUGGUAUUUUGAAAAAGUAAAUAAACUUUACCCAUUAAAUAAAUUUUGCUAAUACUACUUUUGGUAUUGUCUAUAUGUUUAUGAGAUAUUAUUAUUUUUCAUACUAACAUUUUUAGUAGUUUAGCAAAAAGGGAAAUAAUUCAUAAUAAUACUCAUCCCAACCUUUGAAAACUUUUGUUAGACCUUAAUUUACAGUCAUGCAAUUAAAGAUAAUGAAAUUUUUAGAUAUUUAUAGGAUUUAACAGAAUAUCGAUUAAGAAGAAGUAUUAAAUGCUAAUUUACUUUAAAUUUAAAACAACUUCCUUUUAGAUUAUAAUUUUGA